AUGAUACUACCAUGUAUCGACAACAUCCACUACCACGGCCUGCUGAACAGCGCGACGGAAGACGUGUCCUCAGUCCUCAUGCCGCAGAACAUCAGAACCGACGCGCGACUGUUCAAUGACGACGUGGAUAUCCGCUUCAGCAGAACGCUCAACUCCUGUAAGGUCCCUCAGAUCCGAUACGCCACUGUAGAGAGGCUUCUGGAGCGGCUGACGGACCUUCGCUUCCUCAGUAUCGACUUCCUGAAUACCUUCCUCUACACGUACCGGGUCUUCACGUCUGGGAGCGUGGUGUUGGAGGCACUCAUACGGGUCUACCGCGCACCGGAAACCUGCCUCUUCCAACACAACAGGUACGGUCUUCAUUUGUUUUUGUUUGUUUGUUAUUCAUGA